AUGGCUUCAUCACCGGCAUUAUUUACUGCCUCGCGCAGCCAAACAUUAACAUACCUCUUGGCGGUGUGCCCUUUCUCCAUCGCCUUCCUAGUCUACAUCAAUUCAUCCAUCUCCUUCGUCGUAACCGAUUUAAUUGGGCUCCAGCAUGGGGAGGGAGAUGCAGUGGGAACUCUGGGGUUCGCGGAUGAACUCCUUGCUCUGGUUGCCUGCCCACUUUGGGGUGUUCUCUCGGACCGAAUCGGAGUCCGCCAUGUAUGUACUGCAGGCUAUGCUAUUGUGGCACUCGCGCUAGUGGUCUUUGUGCAAGCCACAAAUAUCUACCCCCAGCUUCUCUUGGGAAGAUUGCUUUUCAGUGUCGGUGGUUCAGCGGUGUCGACCAUGGUCACUGCAGUUUUGCCGACUGUCACUGGCACAGCCUUUAAUGCCCGGGCAUAUCGCGCAUCUGUGUCUUCGGAGUUGACUAUCACACCAGAGCGUGCCAGGAAUGGUUAUUCCAUACAUGUUGGUCCUUCCGGCGCAUCGCCGUCUGCACGACUCUCCGGUUUUGUCGGCAUGUGUGCUGGCUGUGGUGCGCUUGUGGCACUGGUCGUUUUCCUGCCGCUUGCAGCCCGGUUUGAGAAGAUGGGAUUGUCGCCAUCGCAGGCAAUUCAACGCAGCUAUUAUCUAGUUGCCGCCGUAUCCCUUGUUAUCAGCAUUGUAUGCUUCAUUGGGCUCCGUGAUCUUCCCGGGGAAAAGGGCAAAAGUUGGAGUGUCCUGUGGAAAACGUGCGAUGAAGAUGAGGAUGACGAUGAAGAUGACGAUGAAGAUGACGAUGAUCUAUCUAUCCAUGGCUCAAAAUUGCCAUACUGGAAGCAGUUGACCACUGCCCUUACACUUGGAUUUCAAAACCGUAGCAUUGGACUUGGCUAUGUCGGAGGCUUCGUCGCUCGAGCUUCUUCUGUGGGGAUAUCAUUGUUCAUUCCCCUCGCUGUCAACCACUACUAUCGGACAUCAGGCCUCUGCAAUGAGGAACAUGAACCAGUUCCUGGGUCGGGAUUAGGAGAGAUCAAGAAAGCAUGCCCACGUGCAUACAUCGUCGCAUCCAUACUGACCGGAGUGUCCCAAUUGGUGGCGCUGAUGGCAGCUCCAGCAUUUGGGUACCUGACAGACAAAUCACGGCGGUAUAAUUUCCCACUUCUUUUCGCAGCAUUAGUGGGAGUUAUCGGCUAUAUUAUCUUCGCGAUGCUCCCAACGCCUCUGUUCGAAAGACCGGACGGCAAUCCGGGGGUGUUUGUUGUGAUGGCUCUGCUUGGAAUCAGUCAGAUUGGAGCAAUUGUCUGCAGCUUGGCUGUGCUGAGCAACGGUAUUUUGAAAGUCAGCAUCGACAAUGAAACAUUAAGAAAAUUAUAUGAGGAGCGACGUGGCCGAGGGGACGAGAAUGAUGCAGAGCCUGACGAGGGCCAGCCUCUUCUUGCUGGGUCUGUCAACCGGCGAUUGGAGCAUCUGUCCCACCUCAAAGGCUCCAUUGCCGGUGUCUAUUCACUAUAUGGUGGGGCAGGCAUCCUGCUGUUGACCAAAGUGGGUGGACUGCUAUUCGACGUCCUAUCAUCGGGCACACCGUUCUAUAUCAUGGCGGGUUUUAACGGUGUGCUGCUUGUCAUAGGGAUCGUGUGUGGGGGCAUCAAUCACUUCGGGCCCUCGACCGGACGGACUCGUUGA